GUAGAGGUAACAGCAAAAACUCCCAUUCGGCAUCGAACACCUCGUAAUCGUAAGUACAUGAAUCAACAGCCCCGCAUAGGCGCGGCGCAAGAACAGUCGUAAACAGUGAGCAUCGAUAUCCAUAAAGAUCCCCUCCACCGUCGUCGUCGUAGAUCCAUGAUUUUUCGCGUUCUAUGGUUCUUCCAAGAUUACACCCGCGACAGGCUAGUCAUCUCCGAUGUGGAGAGCUGCCAUUUCCUCGGCCGCUGCGAGGGCCGCGGCUGCAACCUCUUCCUCCGCUCCUUCAAUCGACACCUCCGCUUCCACCACGUCUUCGUAGGUAUGAACUUCCUCCACCACUUCCUCCGCCACGACCUGCGGGUCUUCUUCAUGUUCCUCUUCUUCAUUCCGGGCUAUAUUGGUCGAGAUGUCAGCGGCUGGUGCGCGAUUGCCAAAAUACGGAGGGGCCCGGCCGCCUUGAAAGAGAAUGCCCAGGAGGAACGAAGAAGCGUGGCCGGCAGACGGAAAGGGAGCAAGCGAAGGGAUGGUAGUACACGGCCUCGAUGGCCUCAAGUAUAGAUACAACAGCGAUAGAUAGAAAGAAGAGGAAUGGGUGAUAAAUAGAGCGU